AGCCAGGGCAGACACACCCCCACCUCCGCCCCCCCUCCCCACCCCACCUGCCAGUCCCCGGCUGCCGGCUUUAUUCGCUCUGCUUGUUCGAGGAAGAAGCCGACUUGGGGAGGCUUCUCAGAGGCCAGCAGCGCCCUCGGAGCGCGCCCCAUGGGGCUCAGGGCUCCGGAGCCUUCGCACCCGUCUCCGUCGAUCCAGGCUCGCCCAGCAGCCGAGAGACCCCGGGGCCAGUGACUCGCGACCCGGGCGAGAGCAUCCGAUCGGUCGCCGGCCGCCCCGCAGCCUCCCACGGGUUUCAGGACAAACCACUGUCGCUGCAUCAGGGGGUCGGGACUGCCCCCUCCACACCCAGCCCCAAGCUAUGAUGAAGACGACGUCCAGUGGGAACUGCGCGCUGAGCGUGCCCGCCAAGAAUUCCUACCGCAUGGUGGUCUUGGGGGCCUCCAGGGUGGGCAAGAGCUCCAUCGUCUCGCGGUUCCUCAAUGGCCGCUUUGAAGACCAGUACACCCCCACCAUCGAGGACUUUCACCGAAAGGUUUACAACAUCCGGGGGGACAUGUAUCAACUGGACAUCCUGGACACAUCAGGCAACCACCCCUUCCCAGCCAUGAGGAGGCUGUCUAUCCUCACAGGAGACGUCUUCAUCCUGGUGUUCAGUCUGGAUAACCGAGAGUCCUUUGACGAAGUCAAACGUCUCCAGAAGCAGAUCCUCGAAGUCAAAUCCUGCCUAAAGAACAAGACCAAGGAGACGGCCGACCUGCCCAUGGUGAUCUGCGGCAACAAGAACGAUCACGGCGAGCUCUACCGCCAGGUGCCCACCACCGAGGCGGAGCUGCUCGUCUCAGGGGAUGAGAACUGUGCCUAUUUCGAGGUGUCGGCCAAAAAGAACACCAAUGUGGAUGAGAUGUUCUACGUGCUCUUCAGCAUGGCCAAGCUCCCUCACGAGAUGAGCCCCGCCUUGCACCGCAAAAUCUCGGUCCAGUACGGAGACGCCUUCCACCAGAAACCCUUCUGCAUGCGCCGGGUGAAGGAGAUGGAUGCCUACGGGAUGAUCUCCCCGUUCGCCCGCCGGCCCAGCGUCAACAGCGACCUCAAAUACAUCAAGUCCAAAGUCUUGCGGGAGGGCCAAGCCCGGGAGAGGGAGAAAUGCACCAUUCAGUAGGAAGAGAGGUGUCAGGAGGGCAGCCCACCCAAGCAGUGCCUUAAGGGAGAUGGCUCUGGAGGAUGCCCCCAGCCGUGCCAGGAGGAAGUGAGGGGAGUGGGCAGCCAGACUGCCCUCUCUCCCCUUGCAGUUGGGAACCCAACUGCACUGGCCACAAGGGCAGCAGCCCCCUGGGCUCUGUAAAUAUUUCUGGGUCUUCUCUGUCGCCUCCCCUCCCCCUCCGAUUCUCCUUUUUUUCUUCCUGGGAUCUCCGACUCCCUUCACCUGGCAGAAGAGGGUCUCUCUGGCAAGGAGGAAACAGGAGAGAUCUCAGCUGGGAAGAGGUGGAUGCUCACUCUCCGCUCCUACAGGAGGCUACCUUGUCACACACAAUUCCCACGGGCCUUUCUCCAGAACUCAAUCCAACUGAGCCUCUGAACUGGAUUUCUCUCUGGGUCUGGGGACGUUUGGGCUGUCGAGGUCGAAGUCCUCAGCUUUGAGGAGGGGUGCUCUCCGCAGGAGAGAGGUGACCCCUCCCCACAAAUUUGUGAUCUUAUUUUCUGCUGUUGAUUUUUUUCUCUCCUGAUGAUCCCCCUUCCCCACCCCCCAACCAAAGUAGUCAUGUUUGUGUGUUUGCUAUGAAGUGUGUUUGAUGUACCAAGAACAUUUAUCUUCUGAAGCUUCUUGUUUUUAAUCAUUUGUCCUUAUUCCUGUGGCUGUUGCCCCUUGGAUGAGGAUAGAAAUGGACUCCCACAUCAUCGAACUGGACCACCAUCCUUAGCCAGGCCAUCUGCCACCUGUUCCCUUGGGGAGCAGGGGACGCCCUCCCCAACAGCCCCACAAACCACCUGCCCCUUCCACAAACCGGGCCCCUCCCCCAGGUCCUUGCAGAAGCAGCUCAUCCUAACUUCUCUUCCCAGUGGCGGUGGUCUUGGACAGUCUUUCUCUGCUAACUUACCUGAUUCAUAAAAGGGGUUCCUUUCCUUUUUAGACACAGAUUUGUAAAGAUUCCCAAGAGAGGUUCCAUGGAAAAGUCAGGGGAUUUGGAGGCAGGGAAAUCUCAGCUGGAUUCCAGCUUUCCCACUUAUUGAUCAUUAUGACCUAGGGCUAGUAGUCAUGUUUACUCUGUAUACCUCAGUUUCCUCAUUUGUAAAAUGAUGAGAUGAGUCUGGAUGCCCUCAAAAGCCCUUUCCAACUAGGAUUUAAAAAAAAACAAACAACUGCCCAUCCAAUAGUGAUUUAUUGUUUGCUAAGUGUUUUCCUCGUGAGGGAAAAGGAUGGGAAGUAAGUGUAAGAAUCCCCCAUUUUCCAGAUUAGAAAGUCGAUACUUAGAAUGGGCAACUGACUUGACUGGGGUCAUAUUGCAAAGUGGAGAAUUGAACUGAAAUCUUCUGAUCACAAUCCCGGGGGUUCUUUCCAGAGCACCAUCCCAAGAACCCCCAUCUUAUCCCGAUGGGAGUGGCCCAUGUGGACACAAGGGGUAGGAUCCACCCAUGAGUUUGUGGCAAAGGGAGGUGCUUUAUGAUUGAAUUUGAUUAUAUUCCUAAAUUUGAAGCUCCGGAGAUCACAGAUUUAGAGAACCGUGGAGUUGGAAGAGACUUUAGGGAUCAUCUAAGCCAAUCCUUUCAUUUACAGAUGGAGAAACUGAGGCUGACAAAAUCCUUCUUUCUCCUGCAUUUUAAGGUUUACAAAGCACUUUCCUGCUGAUGACUCAGGAAGACUGUGCAAGCAUUAAACAAAAACUUCAUCUUAUAGAUGAGAAAACAGAGAUUCAUGUGGCAGCUGAGAUUUGAACCCAAGUGUCCUGACUCCCAGCAAAGAGAAUCAAGAUUCUAGCUCAAGUCCUCUGAUUUCAGAGGAAAAGGGACUGGAUUUGGAAUCACAGGACUUGGUUUCAAAUCCUAGUUUGAAACUUACAUGGGCAUGGAGGAUUAAUUUAACUGCUCUGAGACUCAGUUUCCCCAAAUGUAAAAUGAGGGAAUUGAACUAGAGGGAUCUUUAAAUCUGUGCUCUUACGAUUCAAAUACAACGUUCUUUCCAUUUCCCUCUGCUUUCUGGCUAAGACCAGAGGACUGUGGGGUGGGAGGGAAUGACUGACCCAGCAUCCCACCUUGUGCUUUCAGCCAGCUCUGGCCCCUUUGCCCACCCACCUGCCUACCCAGGUGCACAAAGCCAGUAAAUUGCAGAGCGGAGAUUUGAACCCGGGUCUUCUGGCCACAAGCUUUUCGGCUCAAGAACCUGCAUCAUGUCCUAAGAGGACUGUAGACUUAGAGCUAAUCCAUUUUACAGAUGAGGAAACUGAGCCCCAGAGAAGUUUCCCCUAUUUACAAGCAUUAGUUAUAGGAUGUGAAACUCUCCUGAAUCCAAAGCGCUCAGGUUCAUAGAAUUUCAAGUUAGAAAGGACCUUAGAGAGUACAUUUUAUAUUAGUCCCAUUUUACAGCUAAGGAAACUGAGGUACAGUGGUUUGACCAAAGUCACAAAGAUAAGAAGUAGUGAAACCAGAUCUUUUGACUCCAAAUUGGAAGUCUUUCCCAAGCUUAAGGUUCCCCCCUUCACAUUCGAGUUGUCUGUAUAUGGUGUAAGCACAGAUUCAAGUGGAGAGACACAUGCACACUUCAGCCCCAAUCCUAUGUAUAUUUUGCUCAUGUUGGGGAUCUCUUCUCCUGUCCCUGGGCACUGCCCCUGGGUGCUACCCCUGGGCAUCUUCUGCUCUUGGGCACUGCCCCUGGGUGUCUCCGACUCUUGGGCAUCUCCUGCCCCUGGGCAUCUCCCUGAUUCAGGCAGGUGAGUUCGCUGAGACACAAAUGCCCUCUCCAUUGGGCUUUCACCCAUUUGGAUCCGAGGGACUAAGGCCGGGGACAUUCCCACUCUUCCCCCCAGCCUCCUUUUUUUCAUGCAGUCCUGGCUGGCAGGGGCACAUGCCCAUCCAGUAACAGGACUGGGGGCUGAUUAUCGAGUUAUCAGCUGAGCCAAGGGGUCUCUCACUGCACCUCAUUAUCCCAAGGGAGAGCCGAUGGGGGUGAGCACCGGGAUCACACAGGAGGCAGGCAGUGAGCCCAGAUCUGACUCAGAGCCAGGGAGCUCUUCCUACGAUCCCGAGGGAGCAGCGCCAACCUAGUCUCGAUGUCCCCGCGUGAGGGUCUUUUGGAGACUUCACUGUCACAGAAUAAAUGCCGGCUCCCCUGGAGUACAGAUUUCUAAGCAAUUACAACAACAACAACAAUAACGGCCGUGUCCAUAGCCGUGUCAGCUGGGCACAUCUAUUUCCUCAGAAAAAAUUCACAGAUACCAGUGUGAGUGUUAUAUUCCCAUUUUACACAUGAGGAAAUGGAGGCUCACAGAGGUCAAGAUGUACAUUCUCAUACAUAACCAGGAGAAACUGGACCUGCAUUUGGGGAUCUUCACCAUAGGUCUGGCUCUGCCCACCACGCUGUCCUGUCUCUGGGGUACGAUACAAAAAGUGCCCCUGUUUGCCCCCCAGCCCACCGCCCACUUUGCCCCAAGGAGGCCCCUGGGGCUUUCUAACUGCCUCCCUUCCCCCACCUCUCCAUCUCCCCCAAUGUAAAUAUAUACUGUGGAUAAUUAAAGCUGACUUAUUUAUAAACCUCUCCCUUGCCUUGUAUUUCCUCUCCUCCCCAGACCAGACUUCUCAUCUGGGUCUCAAACACAGUACAGGUCAGGGAAGCUGGGAAGAUAUUGUUAAUGAUAAAAAUAACACUAUUGAGAAUAUUAAUAUUGUUUAAAGUAAUAUUAUCCAGGAUAUUCUUAAUGUAUUUGAAUGUUGUUAAUGAUUAAGGAUGCUCUUAAUUGUUAUUAAUAUUAUUCAUCAGUAUUGAGAAUAUUUUUAAUAUUUAUAACUCUUGUUAAUAUUCUUAAUACUAAGGAUUUUUCUCAGGCUGGGUCUUAAUCGCCAAUAGCCUGAGAAUUGGAGGGGACCUCAGAGGGCAUCUUCACCCCUUUUUACAAAUGGGGAAACUGAGGCCCAGGGAAAUGAAGAGGUUCGUUUAAGACCAUAGAGCAUUAGAAGGUUGCUCCUCUGACCUCGGAACCCGUGCUUUUUCUUUGUCCCACUCUUCUUCCUCAUGACCUUCCCACAUCCUGCUGGUGAUGCUCUUUUCUCUAGCUCUCCCAUUGUGACAAUCUCAAGCAGACCAGACGUUGGGAUCCCAUCGAGCUUUUGGCUUUCGGCUCCCGAUGUCGGUGGCGGCCAGAGGGGACACUGAGCUAGUUCUCUGUCGUAUGUGCGAUAUAAUACAGUGUGAUAUGUCACGGCCUGGGUGUACCACCACUUAGACUGUCAGCCCUCUGAGGGCAGGGAGCCAGUCUAUCUGUGUGCUCUGUAUAGCGUCUAGCCCUACUGUGAGGAGCUCAAUAAAUAUUGAACUGCAAGACCA